UGUAAAGAGCUUAAUGCAAUGUCUAGAACUUAAUAAAUGCUUAUUUCUUCCCCCUUUUGAAGGCCACUUUCCUACAAAUCCAAUCUUGGCUCUCUGUUGUUCAAAGUAGAAAGGAUUGGGAUCCUGACAAUUCUUUCUUGCUUGUCAUAAUCUUAUGGUUUUAUUAGCAGCUCAUUCAGAAAUUUUUUUUCUGAUAUCAUAACCAAAUUUCUCUUUGUAGUUUGCAACCAUUAUCUGCAAAGCUUUUAGUAUAGUGCUUGGCAGAUAGUAGGUGGCUAAUAAAUGCUCUUUUCCUUCCUUCCUGACCUCCAAGAUCAAACAAAGUAAGCCUGAUGCUAAAGUAAUGCCCAUAGUUAUCAUCUCUUUCUGAAUCUUUCCCCCCUAGUAUUCCCAUUUCCUUCUUUGAUUCUCAUUUGGCUUGGAUUCAAGGCCCAACACCAACAUGAUUGUUCUCUUCUGUGUUAGUCACCUGUGUAGCCUUCUUAAACUGUGACAUUUAAAGCUGAAUAUAAUAUUUAAUUGUCUGACUAGAAUAGGAUACUAAGGGAUUGUAAUUCUGUUAUUCUUGGAUUCUGUGCAUUUCUUAUUGAAUACAAGAUUACAUUAGCAUUUUUUGAUUGCCUUAUCAUACUCUUGGUUCAUAUAGAGCAUUCAUUAAAGUCCCAAGUCUUUUUCAUGUAAACUGCUACCAGCCCACAUUUCGUACUUGUGCUAUAGCAAUUUUUUGCACCUAACCCAUUGUUCCCUCAUGAAUUUCAAUUUAUUAGACUCUACCAUAUCAAAAUCUUUUUAGACCCUUACUCUUUAGUCCAGUGUGUUUGUAUCCCUAUUAAUUUUUAGUGUUAUCCUUCAUUUUGUUAAUUAUUUUCUAUCUAUCCUGUACACAACUUGCUUCAAUUUGCAUGUUAUCUCCCCUAUUACACUGUAACCACUUUGUGGGCAGGAUUUUCUUUUGCUUUUUUUGGGGGGGGGAUCCUCAGCAUUUAGCAGAGUGUCUGGCACAUAGUGGUACUUAUUAAAUUUUUAUUGAUUGUCCUUUGUAGUUUCUUGUUGUGGUGAGAACAGUAUUCUAGCCCCUUUACUUAAGCAUGUCAAGCUAGUUUUUCUCUAACAGAAAACAAAGCUGUCUCUGGAAGUUAAUUCCAUGGGGCUAAGGCUCAAGCUGAAUCUCCCUCAGUCUUUUAUAUUUAGCAGAUAUUCUAAGACCAUAAGAGUCACCAAUAAGGAAAUGAGUGGAAACGUCUAUCCAAGAUAAGUGUUAAAACUGGUCUUGUAAAAUAAAUAGCCUUUGAAAGUUACUAAGUAAGCUUCCUUUUACUAAUCAUUGAAUCAUUUAUAAGAUGCCUCAUUUCAAAAUUUGAAAUUACACCUGGACUAAUGUUCAGACUGUCCCAAUAGAUUAUGGGCUUGAAUUGAAUACCCCUCAACACACAUCAUUUGCAUAUAAGAUAAGUGUGCCAUAUAUUCCUUUCUCCCAAUCGUGAAUGUCAAAUGGGCCAGAGUUGAGCAGAUUGCUAAAGUACUCACUUCAAUGAACCAAAGAAAUUGACAUUGAGUCAUUCAUAAAUACUUUUUAAAUCUAGCUAUUCAACCAAUCCUGAAGCCAUCUCAUCUUACUCUUGCCUACCCUGCAUCUCUCCAGCUAUUGAAAUACUUUAUCAAAUAUUUUGUUAUUGUUUAAGCUAGAGCACUAUACUAAUUUGAUAGUUUAGUACUAGUCUUAGCAGUUUGCCAUAACCUAUUUUUCUUAAAAUCUUACUGCCUCUUAAGAAAAAGAAUUACCAUGAAUUAAAAAGUCAACAACAAAUUGAAACAUUUUCAAAAACAAAGACUAUGUAUGAAAGUGAAUUUAUUGUAGUUUAUUUUUAAUGUGGUAACAUCAAUAUUAUUACCUUACUUGUCUUGUCUUCCUAUGAACUGUUUUAUUGUCUAUGUAUUUUAAAUAUUAUGUCAGUUCUGUUUUUUCUUGUUUUUGUAUCAUACUAUGUUAUUCCAUAACUUUCCCUUUCACUUCCUCUAUGCAAAUAAAACCCUUAUUUGUAACAAUAUGGAAAAUAAGUCAAACAAAUAAGUUGAAAGAAAUAAAUGUAUUUUAUAGAUAAUGUGUGAGGAUCUGUGUCUUAUCUUUACUAGUUUACCAGCGGUAGGAGACAUGCUGAAUCAUUAGUCGUCUGGAGUUGUAUUUGUUUAUUGCUUUGAUUAGAGUUCUUAAAUCUUUCAAAGUUUUUUUUUUUAAAUGAUGUUGUAGUCUAUCAUAUAACUAUUAUAUAAAUAUUUCUCAUAGUUCUGCUCAUUUCAUUCUGUAUCAAUUUAUACAAAGCUUCCCGGGUUUCUUGAAAUCUGUGCCUUUCAUUAUUUUUUAUGGCAUAGUAAUAUGCUGUUCCAUAUCAUAAUUUGUUUAUCCAUUCCCCAAUUGGCACCGAUUUCCAUUUCUUUGUUAUAAUAAAAACAGCUGCUAUAAAUACUUUUGUACGUAGAGAUCUUCUCUUUCUUUCCUUGAUGAUUUUAGGGUAUAGGCAUUGUGUGUUAAAAAGCACACAGUUUAGUAACUUUGGGUAUAGUUCAAAUUGCUUUCCACAGUUGUUAGAUCAAUAUACAGUUCUACCAGUCAGCCAGUCAGUAAACAUUUAUUAAAAAAUACCUACUACAUGCCAGGCAUUGUGCUAAGCCCUAGUGAUGCAAAGAGAAUUAAAAGACAGUCACUAUUCUGAAAGAGUUUAGAUUCUAAUAAGGGAGACAGCAUUCAAAAACUAUUUAUGGAGAAGCUAUGUUAUAGAAUAAAUUGGAAAUAUAAUUAACAGAAAGAAGGAACUAGAAUUAAGGGAGGAUUAGGAAAGACUUCCUGUAGAACAUGAUUUUGAAGGAAGCUAGGAGAUAGAGAAAAAGGAAGAGAGCCUUCUAAGAAUGGGGGACAACCAAUGAAAAUGCUUAUAGUCAUAACAUGGAGUGUCUUGUUUAUGGGACAAGAAGGCCAGUGUCAUUGGAUGGAAAAACCAUUGUGAUAGGGUGUAAGGUGUAAGAAGAUUUGAAAGAUGAAGGCAGAUUAUGAAGGGCUUUGAGUAACAGAUAACAUUUGAUACUAGAAGUGAUGUGGAGCCCCUAGAAUUUAUUGAGUAGGGACAAUCAAACUCAUGCUUUUAAAAAGAUAACUUUGAUAGCUGAAUAGAAGAUGGACUCAAGUGGGGACAGACUUGUGUUAGGGAGACCAAACAGCAGGCUCUUACAGUAGUGUAGGAAUAAGGUUAAGCAGAACAGCACCAGGAUGGUACCAGUGUUAGAGGAGAGAAGGGAGUAUAUAGAGAUGUUUUAAACAUGCAAAUUACAGGACUUGGCAACAGAUUGGAUAUAGAGCAGCAAUGGGGGCCGGUGAGAGGGAGUGAGGAGUCAAAGAUAACAUUUAAGUUGUGCAUCUGACUGACAAGGAGGAUGGUGCUACCCAACACAUUAAUCGUUUGGAAGAGGGGAGAGUUUUUGAGAAAAGAUAAUGGGUUAAGUUUUGGACAUGUUGAAUUUAAGAUGCUGUCUGGUUUGGGAUAUCUGAUAGACUGGAGGUCAGCAGAGAGGUUAGGACUAGAUAAGUAGUUUUGAGAAUCAUUAGCAUAGAGGUGAUAAAUAAAUCAAUGAGCACUAGUGGGAAAAACAAGCCAAAGAAUCUAGAGAGAGAAGAGAAGAGAAACCAGGACAAAGCCUUUUAAGAUACCUCUGAUACCACUGGGGAGUGACUUGAAUGAAAAUCUAGCAAGGGAGACUGGGAAGGAAUGCUCUGAUGAUAGGUGGGAGGAGAACCAGGUGAGAGUGAUGUCCCAAAAAACUGAGAGGGAAGAGUAUCAAGGAAAAGAGGGUGAUCAACAGUAUUAAUGGCUUCAGAGAAGGACUGAAUAAAGGCUAUUUGAUUUGGCAGUUAAGAGAUUCUAGGUAUUGGUUUGCUUUGAGAAAGGGAUUCUAUUUGGCUUUCCAAUGCAGCAAUUCAGAUGAUCUCUCUGGUGGGCCUACCUUGGCACAAGACCCAAUGGACUUAUCCAUUCCCAGUAGAGAAGAACCAGCUGAUCCAUAUCAAAAAGUGUUAAGUGAAGUGGCUGACCUGAGCAUGCUCAGGUUAUUUGAAAUAUACCUGGAGGCCUCUCCACAGCUCAUGAUUCAGCUUUAUGUCCUGAUGGAAUCUAAUCAAGCUGACUUCAGUCAGGUUGCUGCUAUUGUGGUCUCUUGCUGUGCUGUUUCCUGGUCAACUGUUGAUUAUCACAUUGCCCUAAGAAAAUCUUUACCUGAUAAAAAACUCCUCAGUGGAUUAUGUCCCAGAUCAACAUAUCUCCUGUAUAAGCUAUUUACAUUUGUAUCUUGGAUACUCAGUGUUGCUCUUUUAAUCCUGCGAAAUGUUAAAUUGGGCUUAAUUCAGCUAUUUAUCCUUUGGUUGUCAGGCAUAAUAUGGGCUUGUAAACAACAAACUUCAUUUUGUACCUCCAAAUGUAUGGAAAUUUUUUACAGAGUAGUUGUUGGAUUUGUUCUGAUUUUUACGUUUUUUAAUGUUAAGGGAGAAAAUACAAAAUUCUCUAUGUCUGCUUAUUAUGUCAUGAGAGUGCUGUUCACAUUGGGGAUCUUGGUUAUGUUUUGGUUCUGCCCGCCACCUGAUGAGCAUCAAGACUUCUUUAGAGUUAUCACCAUUAUCAUAGUUGUAACUCUUCUGAUUGGAAUUUUUUUUCUUAUUAUUUAUUACACUUCAUUUCAUCCCAACAGAAAUAAAGAAAAAGAAAUAUUUGAUGAAAUAGAUGCAGGGACACCACCAAGAGCCUGUAGAAUAAGACAUUUCCUAAUGCAAUAACUAUGUUCAUUUAUCCAUUUUUUGGGAUGUGUUUGAAUAGUUUGUGUUUCAGGGUUUUCAGGAGUUCCAAGUGAGGAAAAUUAAGCAUGCUUUGUUUCACUUUGAGAGUUAUGAGGAUGUAAUAGCACUUAGAAGGGGCUUCUCACUGAGACGUGUGGUAGAAACAAUUGUCUAAAGUCAGCAAGUCAUCCACCCUGUUGGUCUCAUCCUGGAAGAAAUUUCCAACAAAAGUGUUUACAGAAAUUGAUAAUUUAUCUUUUGAAUUGUUUACUGUAAGAAUUUGCAUUUCAUAGUAAGUGAAAAUAAUAAUUGUGAAGUAAUGAGAAUAUGUGUGUUUUUGUAAUUAUGUACAACAAAUAAAAUUCCACUUUGUUUUCCCAGGGCACAAACUACUUUCUGGGAGUUUUGAGCAUGUUGUUGUGGCCAGUUAUUUCAAUUGUUUCCAG